UAUAAAAUUCAAAUUUUAAAGAAUAAAUUGAGGCAUUUAAUUUAAUCUUCCUUGGGUUUUAUUAUUCACCCUUUGUCAAAAAAUUCAUAGAAUGACAGACUAACACUCAUUAUCUGUUUAGGUUUCACUGUUUGAAAAGGGGAGGACACCUCGGAUUGUGAAUCUUAGAGAAAUCAAGGAUAUGCAGACGUUAUAUAUAAAUACAGCAGCAGAAAGCUUUGAGUUCAAAGCUUCUGUUGAAGGAAAUGGAAUAGUGGAAGGAAUUAUACGUUACCAUCCUUUCUUAUAUUACAAAGAAACCUAUCCUAUCUUUUCAAAUGAAGAUGAUGAAGGUGAAGAUGAAGAAGAGGAAUGUUAUAUAAUAGAAAAAAGAGCCAGAGGGGAAAACGCUAUUUUUGAAUGUUUUUGGAAUGGAAGAUUAAUCCCAUAUACAACUGUAGCCGACUUUGAAUGGUGUGCUUUGCCCAAAAAGAAAGGGUCCGUUCCAAUUGAAUGUUACAACCGAAUAUCUGGAGUAUUAUUUACAGAUGGCAGCUUUGAAGUCACCACAAACAAACUGACUUUCAUAAAUUUGGAAUCAAAGUUGAAAGAUAGAAAUACAAUUUUUACAAAAGUGAUUAAUGGAAGGGAAUACAGAAUGAAUGAUAAGCAAUUUGCAUCAUGGCUCAAGAAUUGCCAUGAAAAGUAUGAUAAAGAAAUCAAAUUUUUUGAGUGUGAUGGAUCAGUUGUACGUACUGAUAAGGCUUCUAAAAGAAUACUGUCACCUUGGACUAAAUAUUUGGCAAUUGAAUGGGAUGGAAAAAUAUAUAAAAAAGGGCAGUUGGUAAAAAUGGGACGAUCAAAUAAAAAAGCUUCACUUUAUGGCAGAAUACAACAUUUUUAUUUAUAUGGAGAUUAUGAUGGAAUUGUCUAUGCUCCUGGUGGAGAGGUUGAAAUAACUUUG